UUUCUUGUUUGAUUGCGUUCCAGAUUACAUCACACAAAAACUAAUCUUACCACAACUUUUUAAAACAAUGACUUAAAGGGAAGUUCUGUUCACAUUGCACAUUUGUCCUGUUUUUUUUCUAAUUUUUAAUAGAUUUUCCUUUGAGUAACGGAAUUUUUGUCGUAGCAUGACGAACGGACCAGUGUGAAUUGACCUUAAUAGAUAGAUACCUUGGUCGCCAUGAUGAGCGAGUCGAUAGCGAUACGAUUCUCAUACGAGAAGGUUAUCUUCCAUACCGCGGUGACCCACGGUAUCUUUGACAGAAAUGGCAGGGUUUGCCGUGCAGACGGUUCUGCUGAGCGCAAGGCAUCAGCUUGGUGCGGCAACAUCGGUGAACCUUGUUCAUGUGGCUUCAUACAGUAGUGAUGUCCAUACAAUAAAGAAUCCAAAAUUAUCCCAACUGAAAAGAGGAACUGGUGGGAGGUCAAGCUUCAAUGGAGUUGUAGCAACAGUGUUUGGAGCCAGUGGUUUUCUAGGCAGAUAUGUUUGUAAUCGGUUGGGGAAAAUAGGUACACAGCUGAUAAUACCAUAUCGUGGGGACCACUAUGAUGUACUAAGGCUGAAACUUGUUGGAGAUUUAGGUCAAGUGCUGUUUGUGCCUUAUGAUCUCAGAGAUAAGGAAUCUGUCUUCAAAGCUGUAAAAUAUUCCAAUGUGGUCAUUAAUCUUGUUGGCCGUGACUGGGAGACAAAGAAUUUCAAGUUUGAUGAUGUUAAUGUGGAAGGCGCCAGAACUAUUGCAAAUGCUGCCCGUGAAGCUGGAGUAGAAAAAUUGAUCCACCUGUCUGCACUGAAUGCAACGGAGAAUCCGGAGCCUAUUGUUAUCCCAAAAGGCUCAAAAUUUUAUCAGAGCAAAUGGAGAGGCGAAUGUGCUGUAAGAGAAGCAUUUCCUGAAGCAAUUAUAUUUCGUCCUUCAGUCAUUUAUGGUCAAGAAGACAGAUUCCUCAGGUAUUAUGCUCAUGUUUGGAGAAGACAGUUCCAAGCUUUACCAUUGUGGAAGAAGGGUGAGCACACGAUAAAGCAACCAGUAUUUGUCAGUGAUGUUGCAGCUGGAAUUAUCAAUGCUGUGAAAGACCCAGAUGCUGCAGGGAAAGUGUUCCAGGCUGUUGGUCCAAAACGCUAUUUGCUGUCUGAGCUGGUGGACUGGUUUCAUCGUGUAAUGCGACGCGAUGAAGAGUGGGGCUACUGGCGAUAUGAUAUGCGAUACGAUCCCCUGUUUUCAUUGAGAGUAACUUUAACAGAAAUGUUGUGUCCUAGUUGGCCUGUGGGGUAUCUGCAUUGGGAGGGUAUUGAAAAGGAGCAUACAACAGAUAUUUUGGAGAGUGGGGUUCCCACUUUAGAGGAUUUGGGCGUUACACUGACACACAUGGAAGAUAAAGUUCCAUGGGAGUUAAGACCUUUCAGAGCUGGAGCUUACUACCAUGAAGAAUUGGGUGAAUUUGCCCCUCCUGCUCCCCCAAAUUCUAUACCUGUGUAGUGCUCUGCCAGAACAACUUUUAACAGCAUUUAGACUGUACCUAGUUCUAAUUUUGUAAAUUAUUUUCGGUCCUUCUGAUUGGAACCAUGGUAUUUAACACAUUGAGAAUUUGAUUUUUCACUUUGAAUUUUCCUGGAAAAUCUACAGAAGUUUCUUCCAAAAUCUAGUUUUGAUUCCACAAUAUAAUAAUCUUAUGUUAAUGUUGUGAUAUUAAAUGAUAAAUACAAAGUGGUGUAUAUAGUAAUAACACAUAUUUUGAUCCCAAAGAGAUUGAGGUUUGUUAAGUAGUGAAAGGAAUUGCAUUAGCUUGCUUGGCAUGCCAUAUUUCACUUGGAAUUUUGAGCAGUGAACAAGGACAAGAUAAAAAACACUAUAAAAAAAAUUUUCUGUUACUUUGAAGAAAUCACUGGUUGAGAAAAAAGUGCAUACCAUAUUUACCUGGUUAUGUGACAGUUUUUCCCCCAGAUUUGUCAUUCAGAAUCUACAGGAUCAUCACACAUUUACAGAUUAGGCUUUAUUUACAAAGGUCAGCACUUUUAUUUCUGCAAUAGCUGAAUAAAGCAUUCAUGUUACAUUCACAGAUUAA